UGUGUCGCAGCGCAGGUGCGCCUCAUUUUUCACCAUGGACGAGGACUACUCUUCUGGCUCCGUCGAUGCCGACCGCGAGAUGACCAGACUUUGGCGCACAUGGAGGACGGUGUUCGAAAUGCUUCAAGAUCGGGGCUACGAAGUCACCGAAGAGGAAGUGCAAAUAACGCUCGAAGAAUUCAGACAGAAAUAUUCCGAUCCCCUUGGAUACCCAGACCGCAACAAGAUGAAAAUCCAAGCUCGCCCCACGGAGGCCAUGAACCUCAAAUACACGGCCCUCAAGACCAACUCCAACCCGGACCCCCAGCCCGACUGCGGAACCAUCUACGUUGAAUUCUGCCCCGACUCGACCGGUGUCGGUACCAAGCAAGUGCGCGCCUUCAACCAUGUCGUCGACGAGAACAACUUCCACACCGGCGUGUUCAUCACCCAGACCCCGAUCUCCCCGUCCGCCGUGCGUCUGCUGAGCGGUGUCCCCGGCCGUAUCUGCGAGCAUUUCCAGGAGCAGGAUCUGCUGGUCAACAUCACUCGGCACGAGCUGGUCCCGAAGCACGUCCUGCUGAGCCCCGAGGAGAAGUCACGGUUGCUGCAGCGCUACCGUCUGAAGGAGUCUCAGUUGCCCCGUAUCCAGGUGUCGGAUCCUGUGGCGAGAUACUUGGGUCUGCGCAGAGGCCAGGUCGUCAAGAUUAUUCGCAGGAGUGAAACGGCCGGUCGUUAUGCCAGUUACCGCUGGGUUAUUUAAUCGCGAUUUUGACGAGUUUGGCUUGUAUGGUUAUGCUACAUUAACGGACGGCUGUUUGCUUGAGGGAGUUGAUCGCGCAUUCUUUCCAUUCAAAGACGCCAAAAGACC